UGAUUAAUGGACUAAAUCUAGGCAAACAGCAGAUGAAUCACAAAAAAAAGAAGGGGGGGGGGACAGGCUAUUUUUAAUUAAAUAGUUUCCUUUAAAUAAAUUUUUAAUAAAUCUUAAACUAGCAAACUUAAUGAAUAUUAAAGCAAAGGCAAAUUAAAAUUCUUUAACUACUCUAAUGAAUUAUAUUAUUUCACUUAGGCUUGCAACAUUAGCGAGAAAAAAGAAGAAGCUGGGGUUGACACAGAACCCUCUGCCUGCUGGUGAUGGUCCUGCAACACCAACCUUGCCAGAGAGCCCAGGCGGUGAAAGUUCGGUCCCCACAGUGCCAGAUGUAACCACCAUGGCGUCUUCAGUGGCGGCGUGUACAUCACGCAACACUGAUGACAGUACACAUACUCUGUCCGAUGACUAUCAAGGGAAUGAUGACCUUCCUCCGCUGAUAGUGGUUUACGAGCCUCCAUUGCCACAGACAGAUCCGGGACUCAGUAUGUUAGAGGGUCGAAUGAUGGUUGACGUUCGUCACUUCAUGGUGCAAUGCCGUCUUCUGGAGAGACACAGGUGUCCCAUUUCAUCUUCAGGAACAUAUUUUCUGGAAAGUGUCAACAGGUACGGUCUGCUGACAAAUUUUAAAUUUAAGUGCACUCACUGCAAUCAAGAGCAGCAGUUCAAAUCUGAGCCUGUGGAAUGCCUUCCAGUGGGAAGAAAAAGAAAAUGCAAAAUCGAUACCAACUUAGAUAUCAACGAUAAGAUUGUUUGGGGCGCAAUUUCGGUUGGUCUAGGCUACGGACCAUUGUAUGAACUAUUGUCACUAAUUGAUAUGCAUCCUAUGAGCCCGGGUUGCUUUUCUUAUCACGAGAACAGAAUCGGAGAGCACUGGAAGGCAAUGUUGCAGAAGGAAAUGGAAGAUGCUGCACUGGAAGAGUUCUCUAUGGCGAAAGAUGAUGGACGCAUCUGUAUGGUUGGAAAUGAGGAAUAUGCUUGGACCAUAGGAAUUUUGGAUGGAGGUUGGAGCCAAAGAUCCUAUGGUCAUAGGUAUUCUGCUAAGUCUGGAUGUGCUAUAAUAAUUGGCUUCUACACUAAGAAAUUGUUAUUCCUUGGUGUGAGAAACAAAUAUUGUACCGCAUGCAUUCGGAGCGAACGGAUGGAAAAGGAACCCACGCCUCACCUGUGUUUCCGGAACUGGACUGAUUCUUCCACUGCAAUGGAGGCAGACAUUAUAGUGGAAGGUUUCCGGUUCUGUGAAGCCAAGUACAAACUUCAAUUUAAGAAGUUUGUUGGUGAUGGGGAUUCAAGUGUGCAUGCAGCCAUAGUUGCAAAUGUUUCGUACGGAAGAGAUGUUGAAAAGAUUGAAUGUGCUAACCAUGUCGUGAAGAAUCUCAAAAAGAAUCUUUAUGCCAUAGCCAAGGGCAUCCAUAUGCGGCAUCUCAGCCAGUCGAAAAUCAAAGCCCUCUGUCGCUGUGCAAGAGGUUGUAUCAGCAACUGUGGGGGUGAUGCUAUGCUACUUCAAUCAACACUUCUAAAUGUGCCCAACCAUGUGUUUGGAGACCAUAAGUUAUGCAAUUUAGAUGUGUGUGAGAGAGCUGGUAAAACAGCAAAUCCCUGCAGUUAUGACGCAUUGCCUCGUGAAUUGAUUGUGGGAAUCAAACAAGCUUUUGACCGAGUGAGAGCAAAGUCACAAGCACUUGUAAUGGAUCUCACAACCAACCAAGCAGAAAUGUACAUGUCAUUAGUUGCAAGGAUGGCUGGCGGUAAGCAGAUAAACCGUUCACAGCAGGGGUCUUACAGCCGUAGGGCUACUGCUGCUGGUUUGUCUUUCCAACUUCGCUACAAAUGGCAUGGACAAACUAUGAAGGCGAUCACAGGUCACAGCCCUGGAGUGACUGUGAAGCGAUUAAUGGCAAAAAGACAGAAACAGCAGGCGAACUGUAGGCGAAGGUUGGAUAUGAAUCCGCAUGUACCACGGAAAUCGGAAUCAUUUAAACCACAGGGUGAUAAGAGCUAUGGUCCUCAUGCAACUCAGCCUCCAGCUUCUGGUCUUGAACUAGAAAUUCUGACUGAGUCUGUGAUGAGAAGCAUAGAGCUUACAGUGCAAGAAAGGAAUGAUCUGGAGGUGCAGACACGAGAUCAAGGAAGCAGUCAGUUGUGGAUGAAGGAGCGGAGAAAACGAGUCACUGCUUCCUUUUUCGGACGUGUCUGUAAAAUGAGGGAAAAUACUUCGUGUAAAGUGACAGUGGAAGCGAUUGUGUACAGUCGUGUAUUGGAGAAUGCUGCCACAAUACAUGGUCUAGCAAACGAGCGCAUAGCUGUCGCUUUAUACGAAGAACAAACAGGCCAUACUGUUAAACAAUGUGGUCUCUUCGUUGACCUUCAGCAUUGCUUUCUUGCAGCUUCUCCUGAUGGUUUAGUUGAUGAAGAUGGUUUGGUGGAGGUGAAAUGUCCAUACUCUGCAAGGGAACUUAACCCUUUAGAUGCAGCAAUGCAGCUGAAAACGUUCUUUUGCAGAGUUGUCGACGGCGAGCUUUGCUUGAAUCGCUCUCACAAUUACUACUAUCAAGUGCAAGGGCAAUUACACAUCACACGAAGAAAGUGGUGUGAUUUUGUCGUUUGGACAACGAAAGGCAUUUCAAUAGAAAGAAUUGUGAGAGAUGAUUGUUUCUGGCUUGACAAAAUGGAGUCAAAAUUGUUGCGAUUUUUUAACAACUGCUUGUUGCCAGAGCUUGCUGAUCCAUGUCGUCCCAGGGGACAACCGAUUCGUGAGCCAGAAUAUAUUAUACAGGCACAAGAAAGUCGUUCAAAGAAACGCAAAAUUUCAGAUGUGUGAAUUUUGAGAGACAGAAAUUGUGUGGCUGACGAGAACUCUUUUUUUUAAUUUGAUACAGUGAUGCUUUAUAUCUGAUAAAAAAAUUCUAAUUAUUGUUUACUUCUCAUGCUUGUACAAAUUGAACAGUACUGUAAAUGUAUUUGAUGACAUAAGCAAUAGUAAGUUAUUAGCUGAUAUUGAAUACAAACAUUUUUUUUCAUGACUACAAAAAAUAAGGUUCUCUGGUUGGCGAGUGAUUAUAUUAUACUAAUGUCAAAAAGAUGUUAUCGGGAAAAAAUAAAUGAAGUUAUUUUAUACCACUGAUUCACUACCCAUAAAAUCAAACUGUAACGUCUUUGCAACUAGUAUCUCAUACAAGAAAUAUAUAACAUAUUCGUGCUUCAUUUUGUAUAAAAAUAAAACACAUAUAUAAUAUCGGGAGACAGCCUUGAAAAUCGUGCAUAUCACCAACAUGGCCAAUCAGACUCACAGUCAUGUUUACGAUAGCAAGACAGCUAGCAAACCAGUUCAGUUUAUAUGCAGCUUAACUGAAAAAUUUAUUCAAUAUUUUCGGGGUGGUUUUACGCUCAAAAUUAAUACAAAACCAAAUCAGCAAUCCUUGUAUUAUCAUUUAUAAUACUACAAAAUAUCUUCCAUUUCCUUCGAAUUGUAUUGAGCACUAAAGUAUUGAUUUACUUUUGGCCCAGAUUUUAUUCGACGAUACUCUGUAGAGUUUAGCUUGUUUGCAUUCUUUAUUUAUUAGGUUUAAAUCAUGGCCAAAUUUAUUGAAGUGUAACACAAAUUAUAUAUUUGUGUGUGCCUGGUUAGGAAUUUGUAUGAUGUACUUACUAGAAAAACUAUGUCAUAUCAGUGUAAUAGUUGUACCCUUACAAGCGUUGAAUAUUUAUGAAACAUUUUAUUUCUUUUGUUUUUAAAGCCGCAGACUUGUAUUUUAUUUAUUGCAUUUAGACAACAACAUGCGUCCGUGUUUUCUACAUUGCACGCUCUGUAAUAUUUUGAAUGUUAUAGUAAUUUUUGCUUUUUAAAAUCUGUGAUUUAUGUGCAGUAGAAUGAUUUGUAAUUUAUGAUUAUUUCUUUUCAUAUUUUUAAUGAGCCAUUUGCUAAUAUUAUAUACACUUCUCCAUUUAUUAUAAUAAACACAUAUUCCAUUAUUGGAAUUAUUUCAGAAUGGGAAUCACAAGACUACAAAAACUAUUCUCCUGCAUAAGAAAGGUGAUAAUACCAGUAAAGAAAAUUAUCGUCCGAGAGCAAUUACGUCUUAUAUUUAGGGACACCUGUAUUUCGCUAAUACAUUUCGUGUCAAGGUAUUUAACAAAACACUGUAGAUUUUUCUUGUAAUUAUUGGCUGUGGUCGGUGAAGGCUGUUUUCCCGCACUUGACGGGGCCAAUGAGGACGUAGUUACCGUACUGCUGCACGCCCGCAAUUCGCCAAACCUCUAAGAAAAAAAAGCUACAGUUAUGUGUGAAAUAGCCUGACACGAGAUGUAUUCACGAAAUACAGGUGUCCUUAAUUAUAUCGAAAAAUAUUUGAACAUUGUAUGAUAAUUUUAAGUAUGAAAAGUACAAAAUACUUUCAAAUUUAAUACAUGGUUUUACAUCAACUCUAAGCACUAAAACCCAUACUGCUUAUUAUCUACAAAAUAAAUCUAUACACGGCAACUGAUUAUGAAUCAGUUGAGUUUUUUUUAUAAAGCAUCUAAGGCCUUGAUUGUAUAAAUAUAUUGUUGGAUAAAUUAACUAAA